AGCCAAACGAGUUCAAAAUCCAAAGAGAAAUAGAAACUACACCUGUCACUGUCAUUUGUAUUCUCAAAAGUCAAAAUCUUUGUGGAAUUUCAUUCGAAUUUUUGAAUGAUUUUGCAUUGUGAUUGUGAAUUGUGAUAAGAAAAAUGAUACUGAUAAACGGAAUCGAUACGAAAAAUUUUCAUUGAGAUUCCCACAGCUCUCGCGAUACCUACGUCAAGCUCGUCUCGCGUUCCUAUAAGACGUUGCAAAAAUCGAACAUUUGCCAUUCGCUAAUCGCUACAAAAUGUGAAUUGGUGAAGGUCAUCAAUAAUUCGUGCGUGUUUAGGUCGUCGUUGCCAAACACGAGCGAGUAGUUUUCCUAAUCCGUUGUCCGCGUCGCGCGACCGCGGCACUCGGCAGUCCGCGAGCAGACCGUGAGGCGCGGCGCGCGUUUACGUAACGAGCUGCGUUUGACAUACGUUGCAUCCGUACAGGAUUUUAAUCGAUCUCGGGGCUGUCCUCGACUCUGCUACGAAACGAUCUUGUUCUAGUUCCCCGAAAACCCGACACUAGCGAGCGAAAUGAUUUCAACGAUCUGCGCGAGAACGGCGCUCCGGGCUCGCUCCCUGGAGCGCUGCGCGUCGAGCGUCGUCCAGCUGCCGAAGUUCGAGGACUUCGACGUGAAGAACGAGCCCGUGCUCGGCUACCGCGCCGGCAGCCGCGAGCGCGCCGAGCUCGCCGACGAGCUGCAGCGCACCGCCGCCGUCACCGAGGAGGUGCCCAUCGUCAUCGGCGACGAGGAGAUCAAGGAGGGCGCGCCGCAGUUCCAGGUGAUGCCGCACGACCACGCGCGCAAGAUCGCGCAGUACUCCUACGCGAGCGAGAAGACCAUCCAGAAAGCCAUCACGGUGUCGGUGGAGGCGCAGCGGCGCUGGGACCGCACGCCGCUGGAGGAGCGCGUGCGCAUCUGGCAGCGCGCCGCCGACCUCAUGGCGGGCGCGCACCGCCAGCGCCUCAACGCCGCCACCAUGCUGGGGCAGUCCAAGACGGCCGUGCAAGCCGAGAUCGACUCGGCCGCCGAGCUGAUCGACUUCAUCCGCUUCAACGUGUUCUUCCUCAAGGAGAACGCCAAGUACCAGCCCAUCUCGGAGCAGCCCGCCGUCACGCGCAACUCGCUGCGCUUCCGCGGCCUCGACGGCUUCAUCGCCGCCAUCAGCCCCUUCAACUUCACGGCGAUCGGCGGCAACCUGGCCUACACGCCCGCGCUCAUGGGCAACGCCGUGCUGUGGAAGCCCUCGGACACGGCGCUGCUGUCCAACUGGCGCAUUUUCAACAUCAUGCGCGAGGCGGGCGUGCCGGCGGGCGUGGUCAACUUCGUGCCGGCCGACGGGCCCACGUUCGGGCGCACGAUCACCGCGUCGCCGUUCUUCGCCGGCGUCAACUUCACGGGCUCCGUGCCCACCUUCAACUGGCUGUGGAACGAAGUGGGCAAGAACCUCGCUCGCUACCGCAACUACCCGCGCCUCAUCGGCGAGUGCGGCGGCAAGAACUACCACUUCGUGCACCCCUCCGCCGACGUGCAGUCGGUCGUGACGUCCACCAUCCGCUCCGCGUUCGAGUUCUGCGGCCAGAAGUGUUCCGCCUGCUCGAGGAUGUACGUCCCGCGGUCGCUCUACGAGCCGAUAAAGCGGGGCCUGCUGGAGGAGCGCGCCAAACUGAAGAUCGGCGAUCCCACCGACUUCAAAAUGUUCACGGGCGCCGUCAUCGACGACAAGGCCUUCGCCCGAAUAACCGGCUACAUUCAAAAUGCAAAGAACAAUCGCAACAACAAAAUCCUGGGCGGCGGGGAGUUCGACGGCAGUAAGGGCUACUUCGUGCAACCGACUAUUAUCGAAACCACUGAUCCACACGAUAAGUUGAUGACGGAGGAAAUCUUCGGCCCAGUUCUCACUAUGUAUGUGUUUGAAGACAAAGAUUUGUUGAAAGCAUUAGACCUUGUCGGUACAUCCACUAAAUUUGCCUUAACCGGAGCUGUAUUUGCCUCUGACCAAAAGUUCCUAGACACGGCUCUGGAGGAGCUGAAGAUGACGGCGGGCAACUUCUACUUGAACGACAAGUCGACGGGGUCUGUGGUGGGGCAGCAGCCGUUCGGCGGCGGCCGCAUGUCGGGGACCAACGACAAGGCGGGCGGACCCAACUAUGUAAUGCGCUGGACCACGCCUCAGUCCAUCAAGGAGACCUUUGUUCCUCUGCGCGAUGUUGACUACCCCUAUAUGAGAGAUUAACUAGCUAAGGGCCCCCAUGCUCAGCACUCAUUUCAAUCAAGUUAUCAGUACAAUAAUAAUAAUAACUAAUUGAGUUAUGCAACAUUUCCAAUGUAGGAUAUUGUUAGGAGUAAAAUGAAUUAUUAUUAGAAGUAAAUUAAAUUAUUAUUAGAAAAUGUUAACAAUAACAUUAUUAAGGAUACUAGAUUAGCAUUCGAAUUGAAUAAAGAUGUAUAAUUACUGUAACAGAAAAUAUAUACCUACUAUAUCUCAUAUCAGUGUUUAUAACAUAAUAAUAAUCACUAAAUUUGCAGUGGAGCAAAAGGAGAUUGUAUAGAUACAAUCCUCAUGGAUAAUAAUAAUUUUAAUUGUUUCAAUAAUUAAGAUAAUAGUUAAAUUGUUAACAUCUUACCUAUGUGGUAUUCCUGUUAGAAAAAAGUAGGUGCAGUGCAACAAUUGUGAUAUAUUUGAUUGAAAAAUUAAUUUAUGUAAUUAUGAUAAGUUGAAUGAAGCUUGAACCACAACCAGUCCCACACUGGCCUUAUCUCAGUUUCAACUAUUUGCUUUAUGCCUUAUCUCUAGAAUUCCUCACAAUUUUAUCAGUAACUGGCCCUCCGCUGCUCUCUGUAUUUGUCCUGCAUUUAAGCAAAUUCCUAUUUAUAGCCUACUGGUUGUAGUUUUUGUAUAUUUUGUUGUUUUUGUUAUGUAAGUAAUUUUUUAUUUCUUAGCACCUAAUAAAUCAUUAAAGUUUUAUUUGUUAAGUUCAUUGGAUUUUAGACUAUUAUUUAUUUUGUUUGCUAUAAGUCAAUAAAAUAUUUCUGCUCA